AUGGAUAAUGCCCUAAAAUAUGAUAUUUUAAAAUCCUGUUGUUUUUCAAGAGCUCGAACUGGAUUAAUGCGUCUUCCACAUUAUACUGUAGAAACACCAAUUUUUAUGCCAGUUGGUACUAAAGGAUCUGUUAAAUCAUUAUUACCUGAGCAAUUAGAAAAAAUUAAUUGCCAAAUUAUUUUGGGAAAUACAUACCAUUUAGGAAUUAGGCCAGGUAUUGAAUUACUUAAAAAAUCAAAUGGCUUGCAUAAUUUUAUUGGAUGGAAUCGGGCCAUAUUAACUGAUUCAGGUGGCUUUCAAAUGGUCUCAUUGUUAAAACUAGCUGAAAUUGAUGAACAUGGUGUCAAUUUUCAAUCGCCAGAAGAUGGAUCUAAGUGUAUGCUUACUCCUGAAAAGUCUAUUGAAAUUCAAAAUGCUAUUGGUGCAGAUAUCAUUAUGCAGUUGGAUGAUGUUGUUCCUGCAACAUUAAAUGAUAGUAAUAGAAUGGAAGAAGCUACCUAUAGAACAACCCGAUGGUUAGAUCGUUGCAUAAAAACCCAUAAAUAUCCUGAAAAACAAAAUUUAUUUCCAAUUGUUCAAGGAGGCCUUGAUGAAAAUUUAAGAAAAAUUAGUACUAAUUUACACUUGGAAAGAAAAGUAAAUGGAUAUGCUAUUGGAGGUCUUAGUGGUGGUGAAGCUAAAGAUUACUUUUGGAAAAUGGUUGCUAUUUCUACAAAUAUUUUACCCUUUAAUAAACCUAGGUAUGUUAUGGGAAUAGGAUUUCCAGUUGACUUGGUUAUUUGCUGUGCAUUAGGAGCUGAUAUGUUUGACUGUGUGUUUCCAACUAGAACAGCACGGUUUGGAUGUGCACUUAUAUCAAGUGGACAAAUUAAUUUGAAAAAUAAUAAGUAUGAAUUUGAUUUCGAUCCAAUUGAUAAAAAUUGUAGUUGUUCUACUUGUAAGACAUACUCUCGUGCAUAUUUAUACCAGAUUGUUACAGUUGAAACAGUUGCUUGUAAUUUGUUGUCAGUCCAUAAUUUAACUUAUUUAAUGGAACUGAUGAAAAAUAUACGAAAUAGUAUAAAAAUAAAUAAAUUUCCUGACUUUGUGAAAGAAUUUAUGGAAAAUAUGUAUCCUGACAAAUUUUACCCUCAAUGGUGUAUUGAUUCCUUAGAAAGUGUUAAUAUUAAACUUUAAACUAAAUAUAAUGUUAAUAUUAAUUUUUACAAAUUAUUACCUUAUUUAAUAAUAGUUCCUUAUACAUACCUCAAGUAGAAUAGUAUACAUUUUAUGAGUUAAUCAAAUUGAUUACUGGCUAAGUAACUUAUUAAAUUAUUUUAAUAAAAAUAAAAUCAAUGCAUGCAUAAUAGAAUAAGUUAUAUCUUUA